GUGAAUAUCCAUAUACUUGGUGUCCCUAUUAUUUACACAUUUUCUUCCCAUGUUAGAGCUCCCAAUAUACCUCAAGCCAUCAAACUUAUCUUCAUUUGUGUGUUUAUCAUGUCUAAUGAAACCUCCAAGAGUGUGUGGUGGCCUCCAGCAGCAUGUGGUGGCCUCCAGCAGCAUGUUUCAUAUACAACACCUCCUGGAGAUAUCAGUGAUACACUCUGUAUUUUGCUUUAUCACCCACUAUCCUCGUUUGGUUCCAUGAUCACAAUAGGUCUGUCCUUUCCGUAACGUCAAAGCCGGUAUCACCUAACGGCAAAUCACAAGUAAAGUAUUGUUGCACAUGGUAUUAGAAAGUUCCCAUC